UCUUCCCUCUCUCUUUCAAAAUUGAAAACUAUAAAUACCCAAAAAUGGAAACAGAAAUGAAUGGUACGUAGCUUCUUUCUGCUUUCCUGCAUGCACCGUUGCUUUUCAUGGCGAAAUUAGGCGCAGAAUUCGCACGAGAAUAAUCACAGAGAGAGAGAGAGAGAGAGAGAGAGUGAGGGACGCGAGAUGGGGCGGCAAAAGCAUCGCAAAAACAGCUGGGAUGCGGGGAUGGGCUCGAUGAGCAAAAUCGCCGAGAUAGAGAGCGAAAUCGAGAGAGCUUCCGCCGAUGAUCGGAGCUACCACAGCGUCUCCAGCGACAUCCUCCCCGCCCUCGGCGUCCAUGCCCCAUGGAAGCCCAAGCUCCGAUCCUUCGUCAUCUCCUCGCUCGAUCCGCGCUAUAGAUACUGGGAGAGAUUGCUGAUCAUACUAGUUUUCUACACAGCAUGGAUGUCCCCUUUCGAAUUCAGCUUCACUAUAGAGCACAAUGGGCCUUUGGGCAUCGCAGACAACGUUGUCAAUGGAUUCUUCGCCAUUGAUAUCGUUCUAACAUUCUUCGUGGCCUACCUUGACAAGUCAACAUACCUCCUAGUCGAUGAUCAUAAGAUGAUUGCAUUGAGAUAUGCCAAAACAUGGCUCAUCUUUGAUGUGAUCUCCACAAUGCCCUCACAGCUUGCUCAGAAAAUCAUGCCUAAUGCGUAUACCUAUGUUAGUAUACUUCGCCUCUGGCGUCUCAGACGAGCCAGUGCCAUGUUUCAGAGAUGGGAGAAAGACAGGAACCGUAACUACUACGUUGUUCGGAUUGCAAAGCUUACAUGCGUAGUUCUCUUUGAGAUUCAUGCUGCUGGUUGCUUCUUCUACCUUCUUGCUGAUAGACACCCUGAUCCAACAAAGACGUGGAUUGGAUCCGUGAAUGAAGAUUUUGCGCAGUAUUCUUUGUUUCAUCGGUAUGUGAUAGCAGUGUACUGGUCGAGCAUCACUGCCACCACCACUGGCUACGGUGAUUAUCAUCCUGUGAACAAAGAGGAGAUGAUCUUCACCAUUUUCUAUGUGUUUCUCAACAUUGGGAUGAACUCAUACGUCAUAGGAAACAUGACCAACAUGAUUGUUCAAGCAACAUUUAAAACUAGGAAGUUUAGAGAGACAAUUGAGACGGCAUCAAGCUUCGCAAGGAGGAACCGACUGCCCGAACGCUUGCAGGAACAGAUGCUAGCGCACUUGAGCUUGACGUAUAGAACUGAUUCAGAAGGGCUGCAGCAGCAAGAAACUCUUGAGGCUCUCCCAAAGGCGAUACGCUCGAGCAUUUUGCAUUUUCUGUUUUACCCCCUUGUUGAAAAGGUGUAUCUGUUUCAAGGGGUGUCGAAAGAUCUUCUCUUUCAGCUGGUCUCUGAGAUGAAGGGCGAGUAUUUUCCUCCCCGAGAAGAUAUAAUAUUGCAGAAUGAGGCACCUACUGAUAUGUACAUUAUGGUUACUGGUGCAGUGGAGCUUAUCAAAGACAAAAAUGGAGGUAAAGUGGUGGUUGAAGAGCAAAAAGGGGACGUUUAUGGAGAAGUAGGUGUUCUCUGCUACCGGCCUCAUGUCUGCACUGUACAAACGAAACGGCUGAGCCAGCUUCUCCGCUUGAGCCGUUCUUCACUCAUCAAUAUGCUUCAAGCCAACCUUGAAGACGGGACUAUAAUCAUGAACAAUCUUGUUGAGCAUCUGAAACAGCAGAAUGAUCCGGUGAUGCAAGAGAUCUUGGCCGACAUGGAGCACAUGCUAGCUCAAGGUAAAGUGGACAUGCCUCUCACCUUAUGUUUUGCAGCAGCAAGGCAGGACGACCUAUUGCUGCAACGUUUGCUCAAACGAGGCUUGGACCCCAAUGAGCUUGACAGAGAAGGGCACAACGCUUUGCAUCUUGCAGCCUCAAAUGGAGGCAAAGAGUGUGUGCUUCUUCUUUUGGAUAAUGGAGCAGAUCCUAACAAAAGAGAUUCUGAAGGGAAAGUACCUCUGUGGGAUGCAAUCUUGGGGAAGCAUGAGGAUGUGGUCAAUUUGCUCGUUGACAAUGGGGCGAAACUCGACUCGGGCGAUGUAGGCGAGUUCGCUUGCCAUGCUGCCAAGAUAGGCGACUUAGAGCUACUAAAAGAGAUCACCAAGUUCAAUGGGGAUGUGAUGUCCCUCAGCAGCAGUGGCACCACAGCCAUGCACACCGCGAUAGACCAGAACAAGCUUGACACUGUCAAGUUCCUGAUUGAGCAGGGCGCGGACAUAGAUAUCCCCGACUCCCACGGAUGGGCGCCGCGCGCCUUGGCUCACGACAAAGGCCGCCAGGAGAUUAUAGCCCUGUUUGAUACCAUCCAACCCCUUAAGAAGACCACGUCUCUCCCUCCUCUUAACAGAGAGGAGGCAUCCUACUUUAAGAAGCAUGCAAGUGAAUCCUCGCUGCUUCGGGUCAAGGAUGACGAAGACCCGAGCUCCUCGCCUCAGACAGUAGCCUCCUCAUCGCUCCCAAGAUACAGUGUCAGCGACUUCCAGAAGUCGCUGGCGGGGAUCAUAACGAGUGGCGGUACACCUAGUCAUGGAGGAAUGAUCAUCACGACUCCUCCCCUUCUCUCCUCGCCUUUCAAACAAAUCAGAGUGUUUGUGAGGCGUGCAGGGAGCGGAGACGACGCUGAAGGUGUCGUCGUGAUUUUGCCGGGAUCUCUCAGUGAGCUCAUGGAAUGGGGCUUUCAGAAGUUUGGGUUCCUUCCUACAAGAAUUCUUACAGAAGAUGGAGCCUUGAUUGAAGACUUGGCUGUAAUAAGAGAUGGUGAUCAUCUGUUUUUGGCUAGUUGAGGAGUAGUCUUUUCUGUAGCAACAUUUUUGUAAUGUGACUGUAGGUUUAAUCUCUUCUUUUUUAAAAAUGCAACAAACAGUUGAGUUAAUU